AUGCUGUAAUUGGAAAGCUACCUGAAUGUAGAGAAAGAGCUGUAAUAAUGAAAUGUGACAAUGUUUCGGAACAUUUACGGAAGGAAGAAAAUCAAUAACGGUCUGAGUAUCUUUUAUCUCUUUCUAAUUUUAUAUCAUCGCUCACUUACUCACCCUUAUUUUGACACGAACACAACCGUAUCCGGUUUUCCUUCAAAAACCUCAGAGCCCAAAUACAACCCAAAUACCCUUAUGGAUUUUAGUAUUAAACAGGUAUUUUCUUACGUGACUCGAGAGUGAAUGGAAUAAUAAGCGUGCUUGACAACAAGUUUGUAAACAAAAAUACAAGGCCUUGUUAAAUCAAUUUCUUUAGAAAUUGCGAUGUCUAAAGUAACUAAUGUUAACUCAAGUUUGGCAUACGAAAUACUUUUGUAUUUAAAUAGUUUUUAUUUAGGUAUGUUCUUCGUUUGUGAAGUAGCCAUGGGAAUAUUAAAAGCGAUAAAUGUUUCAUAUCCAGAAAACGCUUUAAUAACAGAAGCAGGAAUAUUCUCAGCACUUUGCCUUGUUGAAGUAAUUCGCAUAUUCCUAGGACGACGCGGAAAUUUGGCUAGCAAAAAAAUUCCAGUAUUCUUCUCUGUGAUACUAACCAUACCCUCAGCAGUAGGGGUAUGUUAUUUUCUUAUAUACCAAACAUACAUUCUUCGCUUAGAAUAUAUCUGGUGUGCAGUGAUGCUCAUGUUUCAUGCUCUCGAGCUAGCAUUUGCAAUCCUUUUUAUCUUCACUGUAUGCAAAAAUCAACAGUUUGAAUAGAAAAAAUCUGAAAGUAACUCAAUGCCAAGGAGAUACUGACGCUGCCAAAGUUUAUGGACUGAACAAUAUUGACAAAGUAUAUUGAUACCUAUAUAAAAGUGCUGUUUGAGAUUUUUGGCACAUGUUCCAGUUUUCUGAUUCUAGUUAGUAUAAGUUAUUUUUAUAAGCUAAUAGAUUAUAGUAACAAAACACUUAAAAUAUAUUCCAUUUAGGCCUGAUUAAGCAUAUUGCCUAAUACUUUAAACACAAUUUGAAAUGUAUAAAGACUGCUAUUAAGUGUAUAAGUUUAGCUAAAAUUAAAGGAAACCCAUUCUAUGUACGGAUAGUUUCAGGGCAGUAUGCUGUUUGUAGUAAUUUUCUUUUCCCCUACAAAUUAUAUAUGAAUUUUGUGGCCCAUAAUUCUAUUUAUUUCUUAAAUGGAUAACAUGAUGAUAAUGGAUAAAGUUAAAAAUAACAUGAAUAAAACAUUGUGUUAACUAACCAUUACUUUUAUUCUAGUUUUACCCUAAUAAUACAUUUUCAAUUUUCUGGUGGAGUGAUAUGAUCAGGCAUUUUUGUACAUUCUACUUUGGUAAUUUUUAAAGCACAGCCCUCUGGAAGAUUUCUCUCAAUGUAUUCUAAAUAAGUGUCAGAUGUGGAACCAGUGAGCCUCUGCAAGUGAAUAAAUCUGAAAUAUGUACGUAUUUCAUAUUGGACUCUGUGUUUCUUGUAUAUAUGAACACAUCUGAGAAGGGUGUGUCUUUCUUUUUCUGCUUUUCGUAAUGCCCAAUUUUUAGUCACUUCAAUGCCUAAGUGAGAUGCAGCUGCUACACAAAACCAUGAGUAGCUAAGCAACACUGCGGGGUCGAUGCCUCGCAUUUCCAAUUCUACUCUUUUAAUUAAUUUAUCCAAUUCUACUGCAGCUGGUGGCGCAGUAUCCAUCUUUGGUUGAGGAACGAUAGGAGCUCCUGAGAGUGGACGCAAGUUCCCAUAUUUAGUAUUAAUGGUACUACGCAAAGGCACCGAACGAAGACAACCCCUGAUCACGUUCAUGAUUAUAACAAUUAGUAGAAUGUAAAAAUGAGAGGUUUAUUCAAACAAAAACUAUCUGAGGCUAGGAUAUCAUACAAAUGCAGACCAGUGAGCGAGUAAUAUUUAUGUUGCAGACAAUGUGCAGACAAUCAAUCAUCUGCUGCGUUCUAACUUACGCUCCAAAAACUGCAAAUGUCAAAU